AUGAACCUCAAUUGCUCUUUGUGGCAGGAAAACAACAUGUCUGUCACACACUUUGUAUUUGCAAAAUUCUCCGAAGUCCCGGAACAGUGCUUCCUUCUAUUUACCCUCAUCCUACUCAUGUUCUUAGUCUCACUGACAGGCAAUGCUCUCAUAGCUCUAACCAUAUGUACCAAUCCUGUUCUCCACACGCCUAUGUACUUCUUCCUAGCCAACCUGUCUUUCUUGGAGAUCGGCUAUACUUGCUCUGUCAUCCCCAAGAUGCUGCGCAGCCUUAUCAGUGAGGCCCGAGGAAUCUCUCGGGAGGGCUGUGCUACCCAAAUGUUUUUCUUCACCCUUUUUGGGAUCAGUGAGUGCUGUCUUUUGGCAGCCAUGGCUUUCGACCGCUAUAUGGCCAUCUGUUCGCCCCUUCAUUAUGCAACACGCAUGAAUCACGGAGUGUGUGCCAGUUUGGCAGUAGUUUCCUGGGGAGUGGGAUGUGUAGUAGGCUUGGGCCAGACCAAUUAUAUUUUCUCCUUGAAUUUCUGUGGCCCUUGUGAAAUAGACCAUUUCUUCUGUGACCUCCCCCCUAUACUGGCACUGGCUUGUGGGGACACAUCUCAAAAUGAGGCUGCUGUCUUUGUUGCGGCGGUCUUCUGCAUUGCCAGUCCAUUUUUACUGAUUGUUGCUUCCUACUGCAGAAUUCUAGCUGCUGUGCUGGUCAUGCCCUCACCUGAAGGACGCCGCAAAGCUCUUUCAACUUGUUCUUCUCACCUACUUGUGGUAACACUGUUCUAUGGAUCAGGAUCUGUUACCUACUUGAGGCCCAAGGCUAGCCAUUCACCAGGAACAGACAAGCUCCUAGCCCUGUUCUAUACAGUGGUUACAUCUAUGAUUAACCCCAUCAUAUACAGUUUACGGAACAAGGAAGUCAAGGCAGCUCUUCGCAGAACCCUGGGCAAAAAAAUAUUUUUGGCCCCUGGGUAG